AUGCAGAGUGUGUCCAACGAGAGCCCGGACAGCCAUCUUCAUGAGAAAUACUACAUAGGCGUCGAUGUGGGCACUGGCUCUGCCAGGGCUGCCCUCGUGAACCACACUGGCAAAAUCGUCGCCACUAGAUCAGAACCAACGAAAACGUUCCGCUCCGCAACCGACUCCAAUAUCUUUGAGCAAUCGACUCCCGACAUUUGGCGGGCGAUCUCUAUCUGCACACAAGACGUUUUAAAGCAAUCGGGCGUCAAACCAAACCAGGUCAAGGGAUUAGGAUUCGACGCUACUUGUUCAUUGGCUGUUUCAGACCUGCAGGGGGAGCCCAUCACUGUCACUGUCGGAAACGAGCUCGGGAAACCCGGUGACAGGAAUGUGAUCCUAUGGGCCGAUCAUCGUGCUCAUGCAGAAGCUCAGCUCAUCAACUCCUCAGGAUCAGACGUACUCAAGUAUGUGGGCGGCACCAUGAGCCUCGAAAUGGAAAUCCCAAAGACGCUUUGGUUAAAAAAUAACAUGCCACCCGAACGGUUCUCCCAAUGUCAAUUUUUUGACCUUCCCGAUUUUCUAACAUACAAGGCCACAUCUAACCACAGCAGGUCAUCCUGCUCCUUGGUCUGCAAAUGCUCCUACGUCCCACCGCCAGCAGGGAAAGGCUGGGACGACGAAUUCCUCACUAAAAUCGGCCUCAAGGAACUUGUUGAUGAGGGAUUCUUGAGACUGGGAGGCUUUCCUGGGAAGGACGGAAGUGCAAUUAUGACUGCUGGCCUCCCUGUUGCGAAAGGUUUGACCAAAAAAGCUGCUGAUGAACUCGGACUACUUGAGGGUACCCCUGUUGGGAGUGCUGUCAUUGACGCGUACGCAGGGUGGAUCGGUACAGUUGCGGCGCGGUACACAACUCGUAGAGACGCGAAGGAACUCAGUGCACCGGUUUCGCUGUCGGAUUCUCGUCAUCGAUUGGCUGCAGUGGCGGGAACAAGUACAUGCCAUGUUAUUCAUAACCCGGAUGGGAUUUUCGUUCCUGGAGUGUGGGGCCCGUACAAGAACGCCGUCUUCCCUGGCUGGUGGAUGAAUGAGGGCGGACAGAGUUCAACCGGUCAACUUAUCGACUUCGUGAUCACGAAUCAUCCAGCUUACCCCGAACUCGUUGAAAUCUCAAGGAAAACCGGGAAAAAUAUUCAUGUCAUACUGGAACAAAGGCUCGUGGAACUGCAAAGGGAGGCUGCCGAGAAGAAGGCCGCCAGACUUGGGAAAAAAGUGGAAGAGAUCGAUUUCGGGUUGACGGAACUAACGAAAGACCUACACUUCUACCCGGAUUUGCACGGAAACCGUUCUCCACUGGCUGACCCCGAGAUGCGAGGAUCCAUCGUUGGCUUGACCCUUGACAAUUCGCUAAAUGACCUCGCGUUGAAGUUCAACGUCGCACUCGAGGCGAUUGCCUUGCAGACGCGUCACAUCGUCGACGAGAUGAAUGCAAGGGGUUACGACAUUAAGGGCAUAUUUAUGAGCGGUAAGCAAACAGCAAAUCUCGCUCUCAUGAAUCUAUUUGCGAAUGUCUGUAAGAUCCCCGUUAUUCUACCUCACUCCUACAGCGCAGCUGUUGUAAUUGGCUCCGCAAUGCUGGGGCGCUAUGCCGCCGAAGUCCACGAGCAGAUAGGAGGGAAGGUCCUUUUCAUGCAGGAGGAAAUCGAGAGGGUGAGCGAAGAGAACAAGGAACGACUUUGGGAUAUCAUGGUUGAGAUGACUCAACCUGGAAUUCAGAUCGUCCCCGGGGGUACUGACCGGGAGAAGAGGUUGCUGGAAGCAAAAUACAAGAUCUUUCGGGAAGCCAUCGUGAUUCAAAGGAGGUGGCGGACGGAGAUGGCUGAGGCAUCUAGUGACUAA